AUGAAGAGCUUUGCAACUAUUGUGUUGCUCGGUGCAGCCACCUCGGCGCUCGGCCAUGCAACUUUCCAGCAAUUGUGGGUUGGAAGCGAAGACCAGGAGAGCAGCUGCGCCAGACUUCCGCCGAGCAACAGCCCCGUCACGGACGUCUCGUCAAACAAUUUGCGGUGCAAUGUCGGCGGAGGCACGGGCGUCUCCGGCAUCUGCGAGGUCCCAGGCGAGUGCCCACAACACCGACGCUCUCUCCACGUUCUGUCGCAGGAGGGAGGUCGCACCGGCAGCAAGGUCUCGGUCGAGAUGCACGAGCAGCCGGGCGAACGAGACUGCGCGAGGCCAGCCAUCGGCGGCAACCAUUACGGUCCUGUGAUGGUGUACCUUAGCAAGGUCUCUGACGCGACGACGGCUGAUGGAUCGUCGGACUUCUUCAAGAUCGGCGAGUACGGGUACACGGCGGCGGACGCGACGUGGGGCACGGAUGUUCUCAACGAGAACUGCGGUAAGUUCGAGGUGACGAUCCCGGCGGCUCUGGCGGCCGGUGAUUACCUGCUCAGGGCCGAGGCCAUCGCCCUGCACUCGGCGUCGCAGCCGGGCGGAGCGCAGUUUUACAUGACUUGCUACCAAAUCCGGGUCUCUGGUGGAGGAAGCGCGACGCCGGCCGGCGUUAAGUUCCCUGGUGCGUACAGCGCGUCGGACCCUGGCAUCCAGAUUGACAUUUGGGGCAACGGCUUCAGCGAGUACACCAUCCCGGGACCUGCCGUGGCGUCUAUCUAG